AUGGUUCAGCAGCAUCGUUUCUUGGAUCAAAGCAGCGACGGCCCGGGCACUUCUCCCGAGUCGAGAUCGGUAGCGUCGGCCGAGCGGCGAAUAGCAACUCCUCUCGAGUUCGAAACGGUCGUUGAGGUGGAAUCGAAGGUGUACCAUGUCGUCAUGUUCAGGCUCGCCACCUACGCGCUGCUUGUCUUCGCGACGAUCUGGGGCGUGCUGGCGCGGCUAGGCCUCCUCUGGAUCGGCCGAGCGUCCCAGAGCCAAGUCUUCCCUCUGAUAUGGGCGCAGAUGGCGGGCUGUCUGGUCAUGGGAGUAGCCGUCAGUCGGAAGUCGGAAGUAGAGCAUGUGUGAGUAGAUUGACUCUUUUCUCGUUGGCACACACACCCAAAACCGCGGACGCAUGACCUGACCACAGCUUCUUCGGCUCCCUUCAGUUACAUGCCCUGGUUCAGUGCUGUGGGGGCUGGAUUUUGCGGUUCGUUGACGACGUUCUCUUCAUGGAUGUUCUACGUCUUUGCCGAAUUUUCUAAUCUAAACAACCCGUCGUCAGGACGAUUUCAUGGCGUGAGUUCUCCAUUCUGCCAAAUCUUGAUGGGACCCGGGCGUUCAUCUGACCGACACGCCUGCCCCCACGCCCCGCCGCUUCUCGUAUAUGGCUUUUAUUCUAGUUUCUAUCGGGUUUCGCCAACACCGUUAUCACCCUCUCUGCGUCUUUCAUGUCACUGGUCGUCGGUCACCACAUUGCCCAAGCUUUGCCGCAACUCCAGCUCACACGGCGAUCCGAACGUGCUCAACAAAAGCUCAUGCGGCGGCAUUACUUCGCCGUCGUCCUAGGCGUAGGGUCUUACAUCGGCGCCAUUCUGCUUCUUGUACUCGGCCCUCGCCAAUGGCGUCACCGCGCCACGUUUGCAAUUGUGCUCGGGCCCCCGGGCACCUUGCUGCGCUUCGAAUUGGGAAGACAUCUAAAUAAGCAAUCCCCGGACCUUCCUCUCGGCACUCUGUCGGCGAACGCCCUAAGUGAUCUCGUGUUCGCACUCGUUUCCAUAUUUCAGCGAAGGGGUGGAACAAGCUCCUCUAUCACUUGUAGCGCCCUGCAGGGGCUCGAAGAUGGAUUUUGUGGCAGUCUUAGCACUGUUUCCACCUUGAUGGUCGAGCUGCACAGUCUUCGACGUGCCGACGCGUACCGUUAUUUCUUUCUGAGCUGGACGCUGGGACAAGCUAUUCUCGUAUUCGUCUUGGGUAGUUACAUCUGGAGCGGUGACCGUGGAACUCCUUGCAUAGCUUCAUGA